AUGAUUAAUUUUGGUGAUUAAGUGGGACAUAAAUUAUUUUGUUGCAAUUCUUUAGUUUACACUUAUUCUGGAGAAGAUUUGUUAAUUUUAGAAAAGGACACAAUGAAAUUGAAUAGUAGAAUCAAUGUAGGUGCAUCCAUUUAAACAUUUGCUAUUAAUGGAGACAUUUUUAUAUUGACACAUAAUUCUCAUUUUCUUGUCUAUUCUGUAGAUGGGAAAUAAUUAUAGAGUAAACACCAUAAAGGAAAGCAAUUCUAGCAUGCUUGUUUUCAUAAUGAUCAUUUUAUUGCAUAUGAUGGAAAUAACAUUGUUAGAGUAGGAACCACUUGUUCUAAAAUAUAUGAUGCAUAAUCAUUUACGAAUAUUAACUGCAUUCAAUAUUCAGCAUAUAAAGAAUAAUUAAUUAUUGCUGAUGAUAAAUAGAUUCAUGUGAUUGCUAAUGAAGACAGAAUCAUAAGAGAAUUUGGACUUGCAGUAACGAUUAUGUAAUUAGAUGAUGAUUAAGAUCUUUUGGCUUGUGGAUUAAACAAUGGUUAAUUGAUCUUAUUAUAAUUCUCUACUGGUAUCAUUGUAUAAUAAGAUCAUUGGCAUGCUCAUUAAGUUAAUGCGUUACUAUUUGCAGGAGCAUCACUAUAUUCUGCUGGUUAGGAAGGUGUCAUUGUAUAAUGGCAUUUGAGAGUUGCAAGAAAGGCCUUCUUUCCAAGAUAAGGAGGAGAAAUUGUAGCUAUGUGUAGUAAUGAUGAUAAUCUCAUUAUUAAUAUAAAAGGAAUUAAUCAAAUUAAAUAGAUUUCUUUAAUGGGCUAGAAUAAGUUACCCUAUUUUUAAGGAAUUCAUCAUGUUUACCCUAAUAAUUUCAUCACUUAUUAGAAUAAAUUAAUUACCUAAGGAGCAAAUGGAACCUUAUAAGUUAUUUAUCCUACACAAGGUAGUUUAUUAAACAUAAUUCCUAUAUAACAAAGAAAUUAUGUGUCUAAUAUUGAAGAUUCAUAUAAAAGAGAUAGAACCACAAUUAAUUAAUUUGCCAUGCUGGAUAGAUUUUUGAUUGUUGUUUUGGGUUCUGAUCUUAAGCAAACACUAUCAAUCUUUGAAAAUGUUAAUAAUUUUGAAUUUAAUCUUGUAACAACCACCGAUUAUGAUAUUGAAGGAAUGGAUAUAGGACAUAAUUCAAUAAUCACUUGGGGAAAUGGAGAAAUUAGAAUAUGGAGAUAAAUUAAGUAAACAAAAGGAUAAUUCAAUUGGAAUUGUGUUUUCAGAGGUCAUGGAUACAAAGGAAGAAACGUUUUAACAGCAUAUAUUAAAGAUGAAACCACCAUUGUCAUCGUUACUUCUAUUAGUAUAUUGCAUAUCAAUACAAAAAAUAAUAACAUUAUUAAAGAAUUGCCUUUGGAUCAAACAACUCCUGAGGUUGCUCAUAUAUAUUAAUCAGGUGCUUUAGUUUGUAAUGGUGGAACAAUUACAUUCUAUUAGGAUACUAAAAAAUAGAUAAUCACUUAAUUUGGUAAGGCUAAAUCAAUCAGUAAAUUGAAUGACCAUUUUAUUGCUAUUUAAUAUGAAAAUGAAUAGGCGUUGAUUGUAGAUAUUAAAUAGUCUAAAAUUCAGCAUGGAAUUGCUUCUCAGAAAUUAAUCUCAGCAACUAUAAAUGGCAGAACUUUAUUAUACUCUUACAUAAACCAGAAUAAUUAAUACAAAUAUUUAACAGUUCUAAGCACAGAGAGAAAGGCUUCCCUAAUGAUGGAUGAGUAAGAGACAGCUCAUUUUGAAUAAGCUGAACAACCUGAAAAACCAAUAAUUGAAGAUGCAGCACCCCUUGAUUCAAAUGUUUAUAGACGAUUAUAAUUAGCUAAAUAAGCUAGAUAAAUAAAGGAACUCAACAUUAAAGAAUUUUUAAUCCCAUAGUCACAAAUGUUGCCUUCCUUGACAUUCUUGGCUGAUCGAGUUAUUGAUGUUUUGAAAUAAGAUCUGAGUGAAUAGCAAAAACAUCAAUCAUAUGGAAUUGAUUUAAAUCAAGAAGAAUAAGAGAGUAAUCAAUAAAAGACUUCAAUCUAAUUACAUUAAUUAAAGAAAUUGUUUAAAUGA